AACUUUAAACUACUGCGACAGAUCUGCCGUAUAAACGGGCGACAGAUCUGCCAAUGUUGGCUAUCUUCCUCUUCGCCCUUCUUCGCUUCAUUUGCUUCUGUCAGUUUCGAGCUCCAGAUCUGCCGUAUAGAGUGAAGUUUUCGUGGAGAGGGGUUCUAGGGGGCCAUAAUGAAUGGACAACUAGCAUUGUUUAUGCUCAUGUUUGAUGGUAAAUUAAGUGUGGAUGAGAAAUUUGUGCCGACAUAUACUGGGGGUAAAAAUCGACCAUUGCGAGUGUCUAUAAAUACAAAAUUUGAGCAACUUAAGUUUAGAGUGCUUAAAGCACUGAAGAUUGAUGCAUCCAGGUAUACAGUCAACAUAGUUUGUCGUUUUCCGGUUGGGAAUGAUCUCAUUGCAACGCAUGUAGAUGAUGAUGAAGUAUGUGAUAUUGUUAUAUCUCAAGCUAUUGGAGUAUGUCUUAUUCUAUAUGUUGAAGUAGAAGAGAAAGGUUUGGAAAACAAUACAAAUGAAAAUCUGACAUCCCAAUUUCGAGAAUCAUUUAGUUUGGAUGAUGAGGUGGAGAUGCAUGGUGGUGGUCCCAUGCACUUGGUAGAGGAACACUUCCAUGUUCGACAUGGCCAAAAUCAACGUGGACAAAAUGCUCCAAGUAGUUCAGCACAACCAUCUUGGGCAAACAUGUCGGGAGCUGCUGGGUGUAGAGUUAUCAUGCCGGUUGUCGAUGAAGGUUAUGAGGCAAUGGACAGUGGAUCAGGAAAGCAGGAUUGUGAUAGUACUGAUGAAUUAACGCCGAAUCAUAAUGAGGCUUCUCUUUCCAAAUCGUCACUGAACACCAAGGUUGGACAAUCAUCAUCUCUCUGUCCCAUUCGGAGAAGUAGAUCUCCACAAUCAGUUGAAAGUCAACGAAUGCAAACUUCUCCUAAAAAGGCUAUUGGCGCCAGUCCCGAAAAACGUCCUGGAAGUGAAUCUGAGGAAGGCCGUUUUGACAUCUCUAUACCUGCAAAUGAAGGGCCGGUGAUAUUAAAAAAAUCUCUUCUUGUAUUAAAAAGAGAGAAAAGAAAGGAACUUGAACGUCCUGUGGUGCAAUAUUUAAGACCAGGAAUGGUUUUGCUGAAGAAAUUUUUAGGCCACAUGGAUCAGGUAAAAAUUGUGAAGAAAUGCCGUGAGCUCGGUAUUGGUUCUGGUGGUUUUUAUAGGCCGGGAUACAGGGAUGGGGGAAAGCUACAUCUGCAAAUGAUGUGCCUUGGCAAGGACUGGAGUCCUGAAUCACGAUCUUAUGAUAAAUCUCGUUCUUUUGAUGGUGCUGUGCCUCCUGAAAUCCCAGAAGAAUUCAGAAAACUUGUGGAUCAAGCACUAAAUGAUUCUCAUAAAUAUACAAAAAAUGUGGAAGAAAUUCCAAAUAUGUCACCAGAUAUAUGUAUAGUCAAUUUCUACAGC